ACCCUCCUUGCCUGAAGCUCCUCUAUCUUUAGCUCCGCCACGGAUUACAGUGCGCAGUGUGUGCACAGACUGCGCUCCGGUGCGACCUGUUCACUCAGCGCUAAAGCUCUUUUAAACAAAACAUAAAAAAUAAAUAACAUAAACACAAAAGAAGAAAAAAAAGUGAUGGGGGAAUGACAACAGCCUGCGUCCCCGUCUACGGCUCUCCGUCACCGAGAAGACCCCAAGGAUGAUGCUGCUGCUGCUGCUCUCUUGUCCGGGGAACGGACGCCUGUGCCGGGCCUCGCCGCUGCUGCUCGCCGCGGUGCUGCUCUGUGUCGUCCCCGUCAGCGGUAGCCUUCCAGCUGGCAGAAAGUGUCUUCAUAUAGACUGUGCCAAAGAGAGACGCCACUUCUGCAGGGCUGGAUCAUCCCAUUGUGGCCCCUGCCUCUCCCCAUUAGAGGAGAACGAGGAAGGACGCUGCGUGGCGAAGAAGAGGCACCGUCAGCACGACAAAGUGACAUUUGACCCCAUCCUGGACGAGGAGAUCGAUUACCUUCAUUCUAUCAUUGAAAAACAGCAACUGGUCAGUAAACCAGAAAAGCAACACCAAGUUACUGCUGCCGUCACCUCCCAGACAGAUGUUAAAAAAAGCAAGACAGAUGCCUCCAACCACAAACAGAAAAACCAGAGUCAUCUCUCAGAUGAAACCCCGCAUGCCACCACCACAGCCCCGCGCCUCGCAGCUUCUGCCCUCCCUAACACACCCCAUCCCAAGGCCACAGGAGAUCAGCGCCGAGUCGGUCCUAUAGCUAUAGCGAAAACCAGAACUGACACCAUCAUUGUCAUCAUGAUCUCGGUGUGUGUGGCCGUGGGCACAGUGGCAGUGAUCCUGGCAACCGUCUGUUAUGUCAAGUUGCAGAAAGAUCAGCGCCUAGCUCAAAAGGUCGACUACCCCGCUUUCGGAGGGGCAAGCGUGCCUGGCGCUGCCACCAAUGGUAACGGUCCCUCGAUGGGAGAUAAAACUCUGGCCCAAAGUGCCCAAAUGUAUCACUACCAGCAUCAGAAACAGCAGAUGCUCUCAGUGGGAAGUCACAAACCUGAACAGAAAGUCCCUGAACACGAGAUCACAUCCGAUGAGGAAGAAGUAGGAGGAGACUUCACAGUAUACGAGUGCCCUGGACUUGCACCGACUGGAGAGAUGGAAGUGAAAAACCCUCUGUUUGACGACUCACAUUCACAUUUACAGUAUCAGGGGAAUCACAAGUGAAUGCUGAACACAAACAUGCUUACAUAAAGGCAUACAAGCCAUUUCUCUGGAAGAAACCACAUGGUCUCACACUGCAUGCAAAGAAAUGGAGGCUCGUGGCAGAGGACAGGGUGAUAAAAAUGAUUGUUUUCUCGUUGGCCCUUUACUAUAUCUUCCUGGAGAACAGCUUUUAAUACUACAAUUGUAUGUUGGGUUUCUUGUUAAUUUAUUUCUGUCACUGUCUUUUAACAUAAGGUUUUCAGAGUCUUUAUAGGUGUUAGGUCCUGUUUAAAUGUUAAACUCUAAGUUAAGUUUUUCUCCUCCAUCCUCUGUUAUUUCCCUUCAUUUCUGCAGCUACUUCCAAAGAAUGUGAUACAAUAGCAGGUGUGUGUGCAUCCCGGACACACAUACAUUAACUGAGAAACAGGUGCCCCCGUCUUGUUUUGUCAUGCGUAGCUAGAAGCUAAACCACAUUCCUACCAGAUACCCAGGAAUUCUUCAGAUCAGAUCUCUGUGAUUAACUCUGUAAAAACUCAACUUGAUGUUGCUCCUUUAUUUCUUGUCAUAUAAGCUGCACAUAAAGAUUAUAUAAUAAUAAAUAUAUAUGAAAAAGAAGUUCUUGAUGACGUCUGUCUGCAUGGUUUGACUGUACUGUGUUUGAAUCAUGGCGAUGCUUUGAUGAUUUUCUCUGCCUCCUGUAUGUAUGCAUCCCGUCGAUGGAGGAGGAAUGUACAGUAAAAGUGACUUCUGAGCACUUGAUUUCUUGAGACAGACUAUAACUGAUGGAUGUGUAGGUGGUAAAUAUCACUUUCUUGUAUUGUCCCUCUUUACUCUCUGUCCUCUUCUGUCCCAAGUUAACUCUGUGCUGCAAAAUGUACAUACAAAGAGUGAAAGUGUUCACUUUUUAUAGAUAUUUGUACAUGCAGACCAAGAACUGGAAUUAAAACUUUUUACCACAUGAAAA